GGCGUUAAUUAAUUUCAAUGUAGUGGUUCGUUACCUUAUCAUCAUCUCAUUUCCCACUCUUAGCUGGUAAUGGCAAUAACUCAUAUCUAUCAUGUGCGAGUGCAACCCAGCGUGAUGAAACCCUUUGACAAGUGUUAUUUGGGUGGAAAAGUUGUGUUUGGGUCAAGAAUCCAAACUUAUCAGAACCCAGUACCAACCUUGAGUAGAAGAGUAUUUGUUUGUAGGGUGUGGGAUGCCCUAACAAGUGGUAACUCCGCUGUGAUGGCAAUUCGAAAAGGAAUGCAUCUUUUUAGACAGGGCGAUGUGUUAGGGUCUUUGGUGGAGUUUGACAAGGCAAUUCAGCUUGAUCCUCGCCAGAAAGCAUAUCUUUGGCAAAGGGGGUUGUCUCUGUAUUAUCUCGAUAGGUAUGAGGAAGGUGCACAUCAAUUCCGUAUAGACGUUGCCCAAAACCCAAAUGAUACAGAGGAGUCAAUAUGGUGUUUUCUUUGUGAAGCUCAAUUGUAUGGAGUUCAUGAAGCAAGAAAAAGAUAUCUUGAGGUUGGUAGAGAUCCACGGCCAGUCAUGCGAGAAGCCUAUAAUAUGUUUAAAGAUGGUGGUGAUCCUGAAAAGCUUGUUGCUGCAUUUCUAAGUGGACGGCCAAAUGAAUACUUCUAUGCUUCUCUAUAUGCUGGCUUGUACUAUGAAUCACAGAAUGAGCCAGAUGAGGGUAAAGUUCAUUUAAUUGCUGCUUGUCAAUCACCUUAUGGAUCAAGGAGUGAUGAUUACAUGGCUGCUCUUUCCAAGGUACAUUGCAAAUGUAGAAAUUGGAACAUCAACUAACAGAAUACACUCAAGUUCCAUGAGACAGACUACCUCUCAAGAGAAAGAUACAAUGAAAGAAAUAUUGGCUAUGAUGACAAAUGUUUGCCAAAAAAUGGAGAGAAUAGAAACAGAUGUACAAGUAUUAAAAGAAAAAGUUAAUAGUCAGCAGCAUGACUCAAAAUAUGCGGAGCUAAGUCAGCAGCAUGACUUAAAAAAUGCGGAGCUAGAAAGUGACGAUGGGAAACACUUAAAAACCAAAACAAAAAGAUAUAUGCAUCUGCAGGAAGCUCAGCUACAGCAGGAAGUACAUCUACAGCAGGACAACCUACAAAAAAAGAGGAAACUAAGGUAAAAUAUACAAAUACAAACAUGAAUAAAUUAUUUUCUAAACCAUAUACUCCUCAAAAUAUCCAAAAAGACGUAUUUGUACCACCACAGAUAAAUACCUAUAAAGCCAACUUAGAUUCACAGAAACAGACAUACAACCACAUAACUAGAAUGUAUAUAGAAAAUAUAUACAAAAUACAAACUUUUCUAAACAGGAACCCCAGACCAAAAGAUACGAAAAACCCAAAUGAAGACUACAUAACCCAGUAUCUACAAGGCUAUAAUAAGCUAAUUGCACAACCCGGAACAAAUCCAAACCUAGUAGCAACCUGCUACAACUAUGGAUUAUUGAGUACUGUAUAUACAAUAACGGGAGAAGAAGUAUCCAAGAUAUCAGAAUUAUAUAAAGCAUUUUUACAAUACAAGAGAGUUACUAAAGGAACUCUAUUUUAUAUAAUGUUCUAUACAGCUACAAUAGAAAUACUAUAUGAUGAGAUCAAGCCUACAAUACAAGCUAUAAAGAUUGGAUUAACUAGGGAAAUGAUAAUCCCUGAAAAAAUAGAUACACAAGAGGAAAUACAAAAGGUGGAUAAUCCAGAGUUUUACGGAAAUAAGAGAACUAUUGGAAUAACUACUAUAUUGAAUGAGAUAGCAAACAACUAUUUGAACGAAAA